AUGGACCUGAGCCUGAGCCAGAGCAUGAGCCAAAAUCACAUGCUGCACGGGCCUGCGUCUGGCGACCGCCAGCUGCCGCCAUCUUCCUCGUCCGCCGCUCCCACCACUCAUACCCGCCCUCACACUACUCUUCUUCCCGCUACUACUUCUAUUACUACUCACACCACCACCGCCGCCGCCGCCACUACUUUUGGUGCUACUGGUCCUUCAUCAACUACCACCGCCUCCUCAUCUUCCUUUCCGUCGUCCAAGAACAAGCACGUCCUUUCCCACACUCGCUUCGACCCGACACACAUCUCGUCCCAGCUGCCUUCAUAUGCUCCCCCGAGCUAUGCGCAUGCACAGUCCCACGAUCCCAACUUACUAAGAUUUCCCGACGCCCCGACUACCGAACUUGCACCUAUCCUUCCUGCCGCCAAACAUAAUGAUAACGUUGGUCACAACCUGCCAUCUCUCUCUUCUGUGACAGGUCCUCCUCCGCCCCCGCGCUUUGCUCCUCCACCAUUGUCACAGCCGAUCGAACCACAACCAAAACCCCAACGUCAUCAACCACCACCACCACCACUACCACCUCAACAACAACAAAAACAACAGCAACAACUACCAGUCCUGACCCGCGCCUCGACGAAUACUGUUCCUCUGACCCACUGGCCGAGCCUCAACCCCUUCACCACGUAUUAUACACCUAGUCAUGCUCAGCCUGCCGACUCGCCUGCGAGAAUGGACCUCGACGUAAUCAGCAAUAGCGCCAUGAGCGCGGCAUCCCCAGACCGUUUCUACGAAGGACGAGCCGCGAGUGUUAGCCUCGACGAUCCAGAUGUGCGAAUGGCAGCCGAAGCCCUUGGUGACCUGCGAGCUGACUUCAUCAACUCACCCCCAGCUCGUCACACUCCUCUCCCUAGAGGCUCGCCUGCAGUAUCCGUCACUUCAAAUCCGCAACCGAAACCUCAGACUCCCGCCGAAGAGCCCCUUCUCUCCCUCCUGACGACCUCUCAUCCCAUCAUCGCCAACACCAUUGAGAAUGCCACUUCGGCCUACAACAACUCCAAGAACUUCUCUCCUCGUUUCAAGUCUAGUGCCGAGUAUGUGGAAGGAUAUCUGACGCCAAUUGCCAAUACUGUGGGUACUGUUGGCCGUAAGACGGGUGUUGAGGGUGGUGUUCGCUGGUUCUUGGGUGCUGGUCGACGGCAUCAGUCGACUGACUUGGAAGCUGCCGACGGAGGGUCCCAUAAGCGCCGAAAGGUCGAUACCGGAGAGGAUUUGGCUCGGCUUAUGGCCGACUCACAGACCAACGUCAUGCCUGACGUCGACUCCCCACGGGAUCCUUAUGUCUUCAAGCACGACCGCCGUCUGUCAAGGGCAAGCACCAUCGACACCUUGCCUGCGUAUGAUGAUUACCGUUCCCCGGCCUAUACUGAAAAUGAGAAGGCAGAAAGACCCACUGGCUCAUCAAAUGCCGCUUGGCAAUCCCGGCUGAUCAUGUCUACCUCGGGCCUCAGCGUUGCAAUGAGUGAUGAGAGCCUUCGGAGCCUAAAGUACUGUUUGCGGUGGUUGCGGUGGGCUAACGAACAUCUUGGUGGCGUCAUUAAUAAUCUCAAGACCGCCCUUGAACAAUAUGAGAAGGCUGGCCAACCAGCGGAGCAGUCUGAUUCUAACAGUGACGGCGAUCACAUGAUGGUUGACAGUCAACCUGACCCGGCGGAGCAGCAGAAACGCAACCAACUGGCAGGUCAAAUCACUCGCUUCAAGGGUGACAUUCUGAGAACUUUGAAAACAUGCAUUGACACAGUCUCCAAGUACGCCGGCGGUGCUUUGCCCGAGAAUGCACGCGUUCUCGUUCGUCGUCACCUCACUACCCUGCCGCAGCGAUUCCGCUAUGCCAGCGCCGUCGAGCAGCAGCAGGGUGACAAGACUGGCGAUAAGGCGCAGGAAGAAGCGAUGCGCGAAGGUGCUCACCGCGUCCUUGUCCUCGCCAAGGAAGGACUCGACAUGAUGGCACAAGUCAGCGGUGUUGUUGACGGAACCAUCGUUAGCGCCGAAGAAUGGUGCGAACGGCUGGGCAAGAAGAAGAGAGACCAUGGCGAUACAGUCCUACCUCAGUCGCAACCCUACGAAGGCGACGUCAAGAUUGCACCGGCCUGA